GAUGAAUCCUAGCAACGUAAUCAUCUUCUUGUUUGAAGUAACAUCUGUGUUUUAUGAAAUAAGAUAAGAUUGUUAAAAAAUUAAAAGUGCGAACUCGUUAUGACAAGACUUUAUCCACGUAAGGAACAAGACGAUGGAUAAUCGUACUGACUGCAUAUCAUCCACUGCAAUUCUACAGGAGUAUCAGUCGAAAAUGUGCCGAUGUUCCAAAUAAAACACUGUUUGGGCUUCGACAAUCAAAACAAGAUGACAAGAAAAAUGAGACCAAUCUAAGAAAUCAUGAGAGACUGCGGAAAGUUGUCAGACCUGCCAGUUUGGUCUUUGAUAUUGUCGGUCUUCUUUAGUCGACUGGAUGUCUCCGACUCAAUAGAGCUGAAUGUCACAAGUCAUAGGUUAGUGAAAAGAGGAACUGACGGAUUCAGUGAAGAGGAAAAAAUGGAUAUAGUUAGGGCCCAUAACGAGGCAAGAGCCAAAGAAGGUGCAGCCGAUAUGCUUGCUAUGAACUGGGAUGAGGCUCUAGGAAACUCUGCCCAGGCCCAUGCAGAUAAAUGUCAGUUUGACCACACCACCAUGAGUAAACUUUUGAACAUAGGAGUUCAUGAGAUAGUUGGGGAAAAUCUGUACUUUUCAACAGAUGAGACAACACCUAAACACGCACUGGAUGCUUGGUACGGUGAGAAAAAAGACUAUGAUUUUGCAACUAAGAAAUGCAGACCUUACGCUGUUUGUGGACAUUACAAACAGGUUGUAUGGGCCAAAUCCUACGCUCUGGGAUGUGGCAAAAGGUUGUGCUUAAAGCUAACCUCGGUCAAGUGGACGUCGCCCGUCCCUAGUGCCAAUCUCCUCACUUGUCAGUAUGGACCAGCUGGCAAUAUUAUAGGUGAUCCUUUGUACAUUGAUGGAAUGGCUUGUUCGAUGUGCCCACCUGAAAGAUAUUGUAAAGAAUCACUUUGCGCACUAGAAGCAUUUUCAAGAGCAUCGUAUCAGAGUCAGCUAUUCAUCGUCUGCCUACUUUCUGUAUUUGUUUCGCUAUUUUAGUUCGCAUUUUUUAAAAAGUUUGGCCAAGGCUAUUUAAUUGCAUUCCAAUUUUAAGCCUGGCGUUGACUACACAAUAAAUUGAUUUUACUGACAU